GACCCCUGCCGCUUCCUUUCCAGCGGCGGCUGCCGGAGGAGACGUGCGGAAAUGGCGCCUCGUAAGGGCAAGGAGAAGAAGGAAGAACAGGUCAUCAGCUUGGGACCUCAGGUUGCUGAAGGAGAAAACGUGUUCGGCGUCUGCCAUAUCUUUGCUUCCUUCAAUGACACUUUUGUCCACGUGACUGAUCUCUCUGGCAAGGAAACCAUCUGCCGUGUGACUGGUGGCAUGAAGGUGAAGGCGGACAGAGAUGAGUCUUCUCCCUAUGCGGCUAUGCUGGCAGCUCAGGAUGUUGCCCAGAGGUGCAAGGAACUGGGUAUCACUGCCCUGCACAUCAAGCUGCGUGCUACUGGUGGCAAUAGGACCAAGACUCCUGGACCUGGUGCUCAGUCAGCCCUGAGAGCUCUGGCCCGAUCCGGAAUGAAGAUCGGCCGCAUUGAGGAUGUCACUCCCAUCCCCUCUGACAGCACUCGCAGAAAGGGUGGUCGCCGUGGACGUCGUCUGUAAACAAUGCUGCACCUUUUGUCAUUAAAGCUCUCUUUUAAACCUCUU